CAGACCCAUCUCAGAGCACGAGGGUGAAAGGACUUCUGCUGAAACGAAAGUCAACCAGGAGUUCAGGACAAGCUUUCAAAGAGCACAGCUGCUUUUUAACCUGCUACUUUACAGAUAUGGCAACUGCUAGAAGUCUGCUGUCCGAGGAGAAGUUCCUAUGUUGCGUCUGCAUGGAAGUGUUCACUAAGCCAGUUACAACGCCAUGUGGACACAAUUUCUGCUCUGCAUGUAUCCACAAGUACUGGGAUGGCAGUGCUAUUUGCCAGUGUCCACUCUGCAAAAGAACAUUCUCUCAAAGACCUGAACUACACGUCAACACCUUUGUCUCUGAGUUAGCUGCUGAGCUUAAGACGUUAGUUCAAAUCAAAGCCUCAUCAGACCCCCCACUUCCUGGAACAGACGCCGUUCUUUGUGAUAUCUGCUCUGAGAUGAAGGGAAACGCAGUUAAAUCCUGCCUGACGUGUUUGGUGUCUUUCUGUGAAGUGCACCUCGAGCCACACCAGAGAGUUGCUGCUCUCAAGAGCCACACACUGUUAGACCCGGUGAACAAUCUUGACGACAGGAUGUGCAAAGUGCACAACAAGAUAACAGAACUGUACUGCAGGACUGACCAGGCCUGUGUUUGUGUCUUGUGUAUGAAAACCCAUCACAAGAGUCACGAUGUCGUCCCAAUCGAGGAAGAAUUUGAAGUAGUGUUGGCAAUAAAAGACGAGACCAUGGCAAAUUUCAAACAGAUGAUUCAAUCCCGGUCCGAGAAGAUAGCUGAGAUAGAAAGCUCAGUUGAUGAGAGGCAGAAAGAAGCAGAGAGAGAGAAAGAAGCCAGUGUGCAGGUCUUCAGCGACUUGAUCAGCUCCCUCCAGAGAAACCAGGCGGAGCUUGUUGAGGGGAUUGAGGAGAGGUACAGAGCAACGAAGCAGAAGGCUGACGGCUUCCUCACAGAUCUGAGGAUGGACGUUGCUGAUCUCCAGAGCAGGAGCAGCCACCUGGAGCAGCUGUCACAGUCUGAGGAUCACCAUCAAUGUGUUCAGACCUUCCAAACCCUGCGCUCUCCUUUAAACAAGGACUGGACCAACGUCGGUGUCCACUGCCAUCUGUCCCUCCAGGCAGUGAGGCGUGCUGUGGGUCUGCUGAAACAGACCGCUGAUCAGAUAGUGGAGGAGCUUCAAAAUGAGAUCAAGAUGAAAAGAAUGAGAGAACAUGCAGUGGACUUGACCUUUGACCCCGACACAGCACAUAGCUCACUGACCAUCAGCCAGGAUGGGAAACAGGUGGAAGAUGCAGACACAGAGCAGAUUCUUCCCUCCAAUCUAAAGAGAUUUGAAAUGUAUCCGGAAGUUUUGUCAAAGGAGGGGUUUACAGCAGGGACGUUUUACUAUGAGGUGCAAGUGAAGGAAAAAACUCAGUGGAUUGUUGGAGUGGUGAGAGAGUCCUAUGAAAGAAAAGAGGUCAUAGCUAUGUCAGCAGAAUAUGGUGGCUGGGCCAUUGAGUUUCGUGAGGGAUCAUACUAUGCAUGUACAUCACCAGAAGUUCAAAUGACACUGAGAGAAGAGCUUCAGAAGGUGGGCGUCUUUGUGGACUAUGAUCAGGGAGUGAUUUCUUUCUACGACGUGGACUCUAAGUCACAAAUACAUUCUUAUACCGGCUUCCACUUUACAGAGAAAAUGUAUCCAUACUUCUGCCUUCAAUGGAACAACAAUGGAACAAACUGGGCUCCUCUCAUCAUAACCCCUGUACCGCGAACACACUUGAGUUCAUUACUUCUUUAAAGACCACAGAAAACACUGGUCUCAAAUCAGUUAACACCUCUGUAUCGUCUACAUUACUUGUAAAAGGAGUAAGACACUGCUUCAUCAUUAGCAUUUUGUCCCUCUCUCUUUAUUGUAUGUGUGUGGAUGUAAACUAAUGUUACAUAAUGUUGUCAGAUCCUGUUCUAUCACAAUGGCUGACGUCGUCAAUGUCAUUUAUCAGGAUUUAAUGUCAUUUUAGUUGCGUUUUUAAAGAUGAGGUGGUUUCAGCAAAAAGCCUGCAUAUCUCAAGUUCUAGAUUUUGUUUUUGUGUAUUUAGUCAAAUAUGUAAUAUGUUAUACGUCAUUUUUGGCCACUUGAAACAAGACAUUAUAUAAACAUGGACUUAUGAUUUAUCAUAACACUUACUUAAUAUGACUUCAGGCACAUUACUGGAAAUACCAGUCAGUAUAAAUUUGUAUUCUUCUUUUUAUGUGAACUAAUUCUGUUGUGUAAUUUUCUACCUGUCAUAAUAUUAAAGUCAUCGUUGUAAAGCA